CUUAUAGCUGUGCUCUCUCUCUCUCUCUCUCUCUCUCUCUCUCUCUCUCUCUCUCUCUCUCUCUCUCUCUCUCUCUCUCUCUCUCUCUCUCUGUACCAGUUUACUUUAGAUUGAGAUUCGUAGCCAAUAUUGCGUGUAUCUUUUUUCUUCCAUCCAACUUUUUAGCACCUCCUCGACUUUGUUUUUUCUUUUCGUUUAUGAAAACAAGGCGGAAAUUUAUGAUCCGUUCUUUAAGUGUCGUUUCGUGUGUGACUGUGAUUCACCUUUGGAAUAUUAAACGAAAACGCCGACGGAACACGUAUUGAAGACACACGCGCUUUAGUUUAUAUAAGCAGGGUAAAUUUGAUGCUGCGCAAUCCCUGUGAAAAUUUUCACGUGUUGCCACAUUGAAAAGCUGUUCGACCUUUAUCAUCCGCUGGAAAAGUCUUUAUGCGAGCUUGUAAAAGACACGAUCAUAAAAUUUACAAUGUCAAAGAGAAAAAGAACAACAGCAGAUGAAAAACGUUCAUUGAUGUUACACUUUUUCCAUGAAAAAAAGGACUUCUACACUUUAAAAGAAUUGGAAACAUUAGUACCAAAAGAAUGUGGGUUAGCAGCACAAGUUGUGAAAGAUGUUCUUCAAACUUUAGUUGAUGAAGGGUUGGUACAUUCAGAUAAAAUUGGAACAGCAGUCUACUUUUGGUCAUUUCCAGGAGAAAAAAUACCAGCAAUAGAGAAAGAAAUAGCAGAAACAGGAAAGAAGAUUUUAAUGCUUGAAACAAAGUUAGGGAAAUUAAAAUGUGAUAUUGAAAUUGAAGAAGCUAAUCAAACGGAUUAUGAAAAAACGAAAGCAUUGAUAACAGAAAUAGAUACAUUAAAAACUAACGAAGGGGAAUUGAAAAAACAAAUUAUAAAAUUUAGUGAUGCUGAUCCAGAAGUUAUUGCUCAAAUCGCUAAAAAAGCAAAAGUAAUGAAAGAAGGAGCAAAUACAUGGACAGACAAUAUUUAUGCCCUCAAAACUUGGUGUAGAGAUAAAUUUAACAUAGAGGAAGCUGCACUGAACAAACAGUUCAAAAUCCCUGAAGAUCUUGAUUACUUACCAUAAUCAUUAGAAAAUAAGAAGGUAUAUAGACUUUAUGUGUAAACAAAGAUAAAAGAAGAGUAAAAAAACCUACCAUUCUACUAAAAUACCUUUCUGAACAUUCACCAUCGCGGAAGUUGGCGGUAUUCAAUGAUUAGUUGCGUUCAUGAAAUUGUAGGUUAUAUCUUCAACCAUAAAAUUAUACUAGAUACACCCCUACUCUCCAAAUUUAAGAAUGUUGGUCGUUUUCGUAUUGCUAUUAGUACGUCUUUAGCCUUUUGUAUUUGUAUGAAAAUAUUUAUUAUUAAUUAUAUUUUGUACAUAUUAUGAAAGAGUAAAGCAGAUACAAUUUAGAAGUAUCUGUAAACGUGUAAAUAGUUUAUUAAAAAAAUCGUAUUUUGUAUCAUUUUUUUCAUAAAAUAAACUAUUGUAAAUUGUGAAAAAUGUUCAAGAUCUAGAUUAUUUGCCAAAAGAAUACCCAAUUUGCAAAAUCUGUUAUACCUACUUAUAAUAAAUCAAAGUAAUCCCUAUUCGGGUUACGUGGCACGUGACUUGGCUAGUUUGAAUUUUAGAUAGUAUGAAAAUAAAUCGGUGAAGAUAAAACGAGAAAAUGAAUGGCAGUAUAACAAUUUAAAAGAAACUCAAAUAAUUUAAGUUUAAAGAGGACUUAGGCUUAACAUUUAAGUCUAUGUAUAUAUAUAUAUUAUCUAUUUUCUUCCAGUGGAUAAGUAUUACUAUGUUUUGUCUUCUCUCUCACCAGUUGAAGUGAAUAUGAAAACAUUUGAAAAUCUCUUCGAAAAUUAAGGAUUUUUGUCUAAAGCUAUUGGUUUCAAAAUUUCUUAACCACGAGAACUACACAGAAGUUCGUGAUCCCUCAGUUAGUUCAAAUUCCAAUCACCAGAAGCAGAAACAGUCUGUCGCUCUCCGCCAAAAUUCGCAUUCGCUAUCUAUUAUUGCAUUGC